GGAUGGCGGCGCAGCAGGAGAUGUUGAGCGGCGACAACGUGACGGAGUGCAAAGUGGACGAGCAGUUCAUAAACUAUCUGUACGCCAUCACCUACGCCAUCAUCCUGGUCCCCGGACUGAUCGGCAACGUCCUGGCUCUCUGGGUGUUCUACGCCUACAUGAAAGAGACGAAGAGAGCCGUCAUCUUCAUGAUCAAUCUGGCCAUCGCCGACCUCCUGCAGGUCCUGUCCCUGCCGCUGCGGAUCUUCUAUUACCUGAACAAGUCGUGGCCCUUCGGCCGGUUCAUGUGCAUGUUCUGCUUCUACCUGAAGUACGUCAACAUGUACGCCAGCAUCGUCUUCCUGGUCUGCAUCAGCGUCCGCCGCUUCCUCUACCUGAUCUACCCCUUCAGGUUCACGGACAGGAAGCGCAUGUUCGACGUGUACGUCAGCGUGGCGGGCUGGAUCGUCGUCUGCGUCAGCUGCCUGCCCUUCCCCCUCAUGAGGAUCGGAAACAACGCCACAAGCAGCGAAAAUAAGUGCUUCGCGGAUCUGCCGCUGCGCGACAUCGGCAUCGCCAACUCCGUACUGGCCGUCACCUUCGCCGAGCUCUUCGGCUUCGUCAGCCCCCUGGCCGUGGUGGUCUACUGCUCCUGGAGGACGGUGAUGUUGCUGAAGGAGCCGCACUCGGCGUCGCAUGAUCUCGGCGAGAAGAAGAAGGCGCUGAAGAUGAUCCUGACCUGCGCUUUCGUCUUCCUCCUCUGCUUCGCGCCGUAUCACCUCAGCUUCCCGCUGGACUUCCUGGCGAAGGCCAAUAAGAUCCAGUCGUGCGCGCACAGGAAGGCCAUCAUGACCCUUCACCCCGUGGCCCUGUGCCUGGCCAGUAUGAACUGCUGCCUGGACCCCGUCAUCUACUACUUCACCACCGAUGAGUUCAAGAGGCGACUCUCCCGGCAGGACAUCGUGGACUGUACAGAGCUGGAAAUAUUCAGCAACACUUUAUAA